AUGGUCCGCAACAUCCACAUCGCGGUUCUCGAUGUCGACAUUCCAGCGCGCAGACUGUACGAGGCGCGUGGCCUCUGCAGUGCGCACUUCCGCGAUAUUCUUCGCGAAACGGCGUCGCACUUGAACGAGUCAACCACUAUGGAUGAUCCGAUUCAAAUUACCGUCACGGCGUAUGAUAUUCGAGGCGGUCACUAUCCCGAUUUCCGCUUGCUUCGUGGCAGUCCGACCCAGGGGAGUCUGCCCGUUUCCAACCCAAUUGAUGCAAUCUUGAUCACCGGAGGCUCUCCGGGCGUUUAUGAAAUGCCUCACUCUCCUUGGAUGCAGAUCCUCGAGAAAUUCAUUCAGACUGUUUACCGCGACCACACCGACGUGCGCAUCAUGGGCACUUGCUUUGGCCACCAACUUAUUGCUCACGCGCUGGUUCGCGUGCCUGAGGAUCCGGUCCGCGAUGUCUAUGUUGAGAAAUGUCCGCUUGGUCGUGAGGUUGGCAUCUACACCGUUCAGCUGGAGGAUCAAUUUCUGCAGCACUUCCCUUCGGCUCUUGGUCAUCUUCCCCAAGGCCUGCUUCGCAUUCAGAUGUUCCAUGGUGAUCGGGUCAUGGCUGUGGAGAAGGGAGCCGCCGUGACAUUGACCGAAUCCCCUCCUGUUUCUCUCCCGGCGCCCUGGAUUAAUAUUGGAAGUACCCCUAUCUGCCCUAUUCAGGGAUUGUACAACCCCGGAAGAGUGUUGACUGUCCAGGGACAUUAUGAGAUGGAUGCAUUCGGCAUGCAGAAGAUGUGUGUGGAGAAUGCGCCGGUGAUGGGCUGGAAGGAUUCCAAGUUGGCUCUGUUCCUCGAGCAGGUCGGCCCUGAUAUGAAGGAGAGACAGGAUGAUGCCAGGUCGUUCGCUACCGCUGUUCUUGCCUUCCUGGCUGAUCUUGAGGUCUGA